GUUUCAUGAUCUACCAGUAAUAGUAACAACACAUUAUUUACUCUAAACAAUGUAUAACAAAGAAAUUUAAAUUUAAAGUAAGCUCAACUUUUCCAUUGGGACUUGUUAGUUGAGGUUUUCAAGAGCUUUGCCACUAAUUCGCAAUAAGGCUAUUUCAUAAUCCGGUUCACACGUUAUUAGUUUAUUAUUUAAUCAUAAAACAUUCAACAAAGUAAUGUCUAUGACGCGAAUUGACAUUGGCGACGUCGAAGAUAUACGCAGCCGUAAAGUUGUAACGAUCGAGCCAGAUAGUAGUGCAAGAGUAGGCUCACUAGCUAAUGACUGGAUGCGGGAUCCGUCGUGGUUUUGGCCUCCGCCUCUGUAUCAAGCAUACUGCAAACUCCAUUUUUUAAAAGAGUGUUCUUUAUAUCACUUAUGGGAAAACGAAUGCUUCAAGCUUCAAGUUGAAACGAACACACUGAAAACUAAGAAGGCCAGCAAGUGGCCCACGGCACCAACGCGAGUCCAGCCUUCAAGACGAGCUCGAGAGAAGAGUUUAAAAGAUCAGCCCGGGGUAUCAGCAAGCAGACAGAGCAGUCCUUCACGGAACAGUAAGGCCGAUGGGACACCUAACACACUCGAUACUCGUCGAGAGCAACUCCGACUUCAUCUUCCCUGGCCAGUUUACAAGACACAACUAGAAGGCCGGAUAAAGCAUGCAUUCGACACGCUUCGGGGAAAUAAGCAAGAGGACAUCGACAUAUCUAAGCCCCAUAGCACCUCUGACGCCGAGCCGCGUUUAGAAUGUCGAUACUGUAGAUUCGAUCCCGUGGUUAUAGACUGCGAAGAUUCCGUACCUAGAAGAUUAGCACCGCCGGCACCGAUGUACUUCAUUCUUCCAGAUGAUAUAAGCGAAGAGCAGAUAGGCGAAUUUGGUGGUAUAAAGUUUGCAGUCGGUUUAUCUGAUAAUCACGAGGCAAUUAUUUUAUUGGGGAUAGAUAAACUUGACGAUCUAGUUGGAUGAAGGUGUAGCCAACGACGAUGGGAUGACGAGCUCAAUAAGGGUCUGUGAUCAUGCCGAAUACUGCUUGAACUGGUUAGUAAACUAGUAGAUCGAAAAAUAGGAAUUCCGUAGCUGUGCUGGAUAAGAAUAGAAUGCGGAGGGGGGGUAACCAUGAUGACAGGUUCGUUAAUUGGGGAUAUGGCCUCUGUUGCUUUUCUUUGGUCUCCUACGAUAUAUCAUUUGCCACAGAUAUAUAUGCUACACCUACAUUUCUGAGGCCGUGGAAAACACUCUGAUUGAAGAGUUUGACGACGAAUAGCGCCAGUUGCCGAUUUCCAUUACAUGUAAGCAAGGAAGCGAAUUCGAACGUGAGCUCGUAUUAGAUGCAGGUAACUUUCCUUUUUAUGGCCAGGCAUAUUCAACUUAAAGACUCUUAUUAGACAUCGAGGUCGAGUCGAGUACCCGUCAGUCGGCCCGGCCAGUAGCAUGGGGCUGAAAAGAACUUUUGCAUAGAAGAGACCAGGAAUAGGACCGGGCCGCAAGUCGACUGCAGGCGACAGGCUCGCGCGUGAUCUGUCAUGGUAAGCUAAGAGAAAACAGACGGUGACUCUUUUCAGCUGUUAGUUGGAA